GGGUAAUGAUCGGUAAUCAGAAAGGACUGCUGUAUCAUGUCGGACUGUGCGCACUCAUUUAUUUCCUAGUCUAAAAUAUGGGUCCUGCGCGGGUUUGCGGAAUCGCUGCUACUGGUUUGUUAACUUUCAUACUGCUUCAGUGUGUAUCAUCAGCAGUGGGGUCGGAUGACAGCCCAUGGUACAAGGAUCUGUGCAGUUAUAAAUGGGAGGCAAUUGACCAAGACAGCAAUGUGACAUACACUUUGAAGCUCUGUGAUUCUUCUCCGGAAACAGAAUGUGGAAAAGGAAGCGCGGUCUGUGCCCACAAGCUGAAGAGUGACCAGUUCCAGUCAGUGGGUGAGCUCUCCUUGCGGAAGGUCUCGCCUGCUGUGCUUGAUUUCAACAGCUCGAGGAAAUGCGACGACAAGAGCAGCAACAUUCAGAGCAGCAUCACCUUUCAAUGCGGCAAAACAAUGGGCACACCUGAGUUUGUUACUGUCUCUGAGUGUGUGCAUUACUUUGAAUGGAGGACGUAUGCCGCCUGCAGACGUGAGAAAUUUAGACCACAUAAGGAGGUCCCCUGCUAUGUCUUUGACUCGGAUGGAAAGAAGCAUGACCUCAACCCAUUGAUAAAACUCUCAGAUGGCUACCUGGUUGACGACCCAGAUGAUGAAAUUGAUUUCUACAUUAAUAUAUGCAGAAGUCUAAACCGUGCUGGAAGCCUGUGUCCUGAGGGAUCUGCAGCCUGUCUCACCUCUGGCGAAGGUUCCUUCGAUAUGGGUCAGCCUGUUCAUCAGCUUGAGCUGCUCUCAAAUGACAAACUAAGGCUGCGGUACGAGGGAGUCAAAGAAAGCCCAGCCUUCUGUAAUGGCCACAGUCCAGCAGUGACGAUUACAUUCAUUUGUCCAUCCGCAAGGCAGGCGGGAAGUAACCCUAAAAUGAUCAGCAACUUGAACUGUCGGUAUGAGUUUGAGUGGGUGACUGAGUACGCCUGCCACAGAGAUUACCUGGAGAGUCAAAGCUGCACACUGACCAGCAAACAGCACGACAUCUCCAUUGACCUUACUCCCCUGACACACAACCCUUCAGGCACACCCUAUAUGGCUGAGGCCAAAAAUGGCAAUGACACCUAUAUCUUCUAUCUGAACGUGUGUGAGAAGACCAAUGCUGGACAGUGUAGUGAUGACAAAGGUUACGUGUCUGCCUGCCAAGUCAAGGACAUGGGUGGUGUGAAGAAGAUUGCUGGGAGAUUCCAGAACCAAACUCUGAGGUAUUCAGAUGGUGAUCUCACGCUAAUCUACCCAGACGGAAGCAGAUGCAGCACUGGAUUCCAGCGCAUGACCAUCAUUAACUUUGAGUGCAAUGCAACGGCUGAGUAUGGCAAGCCGGACUUUACGGGAGAGUCUGACUGCACGUAUUACUUUGACUGGCAAACAGCGUACGCAUGUGUGAAGGAGAAGGAAGACCUGCUGUGUCGAGUCACAGACCACAAGAAGAAGCGUUAUGAUCUGUCGCCUCUUACGCGCUACCCAGAAUCUGAGGGAUCUCAAAACUGGGAGGCUGUGGGCGCCAAGGCAGCAGAGUCUGAUAAGAAACGUUUUUACAUCAAUGUUUGUCAUAAAAUCAUCCAAGAGGGGGAGGCCAGAUCUUGCCCCGAGGACGCAGCAAUAUGUGCAGUAGGAAAGGGGAAAGCUGUGAACUUGGGCAAAUUCCUGAUUUCUCCGCAAAAGGCGCCAGAGGGGGAUGACAUCAGACUCAUUUACACUAAUGGAGACAAAUGCGGGGAGAACAUGAGAAUGAAAACCAUCAUCACUCUGAAGUGUAAGCCUGGGGAUGUUGAGAGCGCUCCAGUCCUGAGGAGCGUGUCCAGUGAUGGCUGCAUCUAUGAGUUUGAGUGGUUCACUGCUUCAGCCUGCGUCCUGUCUAAAACAGAAGGCGACGAAUGCAAGGUGGACAACCCACAAGCAGGAAUUUCGUUUGACUUGUCCCCGCUUCAGAAACCUAGUGGAGGUUAUUAUAACAUGUCCAUUGACAAGUAUGACUACUUCAUCAAUGUGUGUGGCAAUGUGAAGGCCGCACAGUGUCCAGAAACAGCAGGGGCCUGUCAAGUUGACCAGAGUGGCACAAGCUCUUGGGAUCUCGGCGAGUUUAACUCCAGGCUUUCCUACUAUGAUGGCAUGAUACAGUUGACCUACAGAAACGGCUCUCAGUACAACAACAAGCAGCACACGCAGCGUUCCACACACAUCUCCUUCCUCUGUGACAGAGAGGCUGGUCCAGGAAAACCCGAGUUUCAGAAAGAAGAUGAGUACACUUAUAACUUCAAAUGGUACACUUCCUACGCCUGUCCUGAGAGACCACAUGAGUGUGUUGUAACAGACCCCAAAACACUGCAGCAGUACGACCUGUCCAGUUUGGCAGUAUCUAAUGGCGGUAGGAACUGGCAGGCCAUGCAAACCUCUGACCCCAGCGGCCCGAGGAAAUACUACAUCAAUAUAUGCCAGCCACUUAAAGCCGUGCCUGGCUGUGACAGGAGAGCUUCUGUCUGUGAGGUGAAAUUUGAGGCUGACAAGGAAGGCCUGUCUGAGAAGGUAGAGAUCAGCAACUUGGGUAUUGCUAAGAAGGGGCCGGUGAUCGAAGAAGAGAACCAGCUAAUGUUGGUGUACACUAAUGGCUCAGUGUGUGAAGCAGAUGGAGUUAUGACCACUUACACAACUCGUAUCCACUUCGUCUGCUCAUCUGGGACAGCACCAUCUGGUCCUCGCUUUUUGAUGAACCAGAACUGCACCGUUGACUUUGUUUGGGACACAGAAGCAGCCUGCGCCAUCUCAACCGUUGAGGACACCAAUCAGACCUGCUCAGUGAAAGAUCCCAACACUGGCUUUGAGUUCAACCUGAAACCACUGGCUUCAGAAAAUGGAUACCACGUCAAUGCUCAUGGGAAAGACUUUGUCGUGAACAUUUGUGGUUCUGUGAAAGAGUGCGGAACUGUCAGAAAUAAAUCUGUAUCUGGCUGUGAGCUGGAAGAUAAGAAGCCUGUGAGUCAAGUUGGCGUGGAACAGAAUCUCCAGUUCUCCACUGUCGGCACUCUCACUCUCAGAUACAAAGGGGUCCUGGACAAAAAGACAGGUACCGAAGACACCUUCAUCAUAAAUUUUGUGUGUGACCAGAAGGCCAACCCACCCUCUCUGAGGCUUAUACAGGAAGAGCUGGGCACAACUACACACGUAACCCACAAUGUGUUCUUCGAGCUUUCCACUGCACUAGCCUGUGAACCUGCUCCUGUGGAUUGCCAAGUCACAGAUUUACAAGGUAGAGAGUAUGACUUGAGUGACCUCAGUCUGGAUGACAAGUAUUACGUUCCUCUGGACACCUCAGAUCAGGCCCGCUUUCAAAAGUUUUACAUCAGUGUGUGUAAACCGCUGCCUCGCGUCCAGGGCUGCCCUGCUGGAGCGAUUGGGGCAUGUGGCCAGCUGAAAGGCAGAGGUGUAAAUCUGGGAUACAUGCAGUCCAGCCUGCAGGCAGCGGCAGAUGGCUCCAUCAGUAUUGUUUAUCUGAAUGGGGACAAGUGCGGUUUAGGACGUUACUCCACACGAAUCAUCUUCCAGUGUGAUGACAGUCCUGGUGCACCCUUGUUUGAUCGCAAAGAUGACUGUGAAUAUGUCUUCAUCUGGAGAACCUCAGAAGCUUGCCCAAUAAAAAGAGUGCAGGGUGAAAACUGUAAAGUCAAGGACCCCAAGAGCGGCUACGAGUACAAUCUUACACCACUGGCCGGAAAGGACUAUGAAGUCAAGAAAUUGAGUUAUGAGUAUCAGUUUGCAGUGUGCGGCCCAAUUACAUCCUCGGUCUGCCCUCACGGUCCCAGCAAUUCAGUGUCCUCCUGUCAGGUCGAGGGCAGUACACACAGAAUAGCAGGCUUAGCCAAUCAAAACCUCACAUUUGAUGAUGGGAUUAUAAUGAUCAACUACACGAAUGGGGAAAAGUGCCACAAGAUUUACGAGCGAUCCACGGCUAUUCUCUUCUCCUGCGACCACAGCAAGAAUCCUGGUAAGCCGGAGUUCAUAAAGGAGACUGCAGACUGCACAUAUCUGUUUGAAUGGCACACAGCUUUGGCCUGUCCUUCCUUCAAAACCACAACCUGCUCCUACAAUGAUGGCAGUGGCCACUCCUACGAUCUAUCCUCGCUGGCACUGCACAAAUCCAAUUGGAUUGUUGUGCCAGAAGCGACCAAUCAGAAGCAGCGUUACUAUAUCAAUGUGUGCAAGUCUCUGGUGCCUCAGACCGGUUUGUGGAGCUGCCCGUCUAGCGCUGCGGCCUGUCUGAAGGAUGGAGAUAAGUAUGUGAAUCUGGGGGAGGCAGAGGCGGGUCCACAGUGGGAUAAAAACAUCCUGAUUCUGAAGUACACCAACGGACAAGCCUGUCCUGAUGGCAAGAGAAACCGGACCACCAUUAUUCGUUUCAGAUGCGAGCCAGACAAAGUGGACUCUGAACCUACUCUGAUCACGGCUCUGGAGAACUGUGUCUAUAGCUUUGUGUGGUUCACUGCUGCAGCCUGUCCUCUCAACAGCAUAGAACACGGGGACUGUAAAGUCACAAAUCCAGCCACAGGUCAUCUCUUUGACCUUAAUGCCCUCAGUCGGACAGGUGGCUAUACAGUCUAUGAUCCCUCAGCCCAUAGGAAGAUGUUCAGAUUGAACGUAUGUGGAGAUGUAGCCAAUGCUGGUUGUGCCCCUGGAACAGCCGUGUGCAUCAAAGACACUCAGAAGGCCAUAAGUGGUGGGAAAACCACAAGGCAGCUGGUGUAUAAGGAUCAGGUGGUGGAGCUCACCUAUGAGGAUGGAGACGCGUGUGCCGCCAACCCUUCCCUCAAACACAAGAGCAUCUUCAGCUUCGUCUGCAAGUCUGAGGGAGGAGGUACAGAUGAACCCGUGCUGGUGUACUCGGAUGACACCACUUGUACUCACUUUUUCUCCUGGCACACUCCUCUGGUUUGCGAACAACAGGUGAAGUGCUCCGUUUGGAACGGUACCAACCAGAUUGACCUCAGUCCUCUGAUCCAUCUCACCGGUUACUACACAGCUAUCAACGAGGAUGUAGACAGGGAAAAGUCUCCUGAUUUCUACAUCAACAUCUGCCAGCCCCUCAACCCCAUCCCAGGGGUCAACUGUCCUCCAGGGGCCGCUGUGUGCAUGGAUCCUGUUGAUGGAGAUCCAGUUGACAUCGGACGAAUCACCUCCCCUCCUCGCUAUAAUAUCAACACCAAUGAGGUGGAGAUCACCUUCAGCAGCACAACCGUCUGCCCUUCUGACCCCACCUCCAACUACUCCUCCAAGAUCGUUUUCACCUGCCAGAAAGGGGCAGAGCUGGGUUCUCCUCAGAUGAUCCGGGCUCAGGACUGUAUGUAUGUGUUUGAGUGGGCCACUCCUGUGGUUUGCCCGGAGACCAUCACAGCGCACGGCUGCAGUCUGACCGUCUCCCAGCUGCGCUAUACAUUUGACCUCUCAGCUCUGUCAGGGACCGUUCAGGUUCCUGGAAGCUCUGGCUCUUUUAAUAUCAAUGUGUGUGGGACUGUGGCGGGCACAGCAUGUAAAGACAGCGCGGUAUGUCUGAUCUCAACGGCCUCUGCGGCUUCAUACGGGAACAGCAAAAUCAUGAACUUAGACUACAAGAGAGAAGAGCAGGCUGUGAUCAUGCAGUACAGUGGAGGAGACACCUGUCCUCAAGUUACAGUUAAAAAUGAAGUGUGCACUUUCCCCUUUAAGUUCCUGGACAAGUCUUAUACUGAGUGCACAACUGAGGGCAGGACUGACGGCAGGACGUGGUGUGCCACUACAAGCGACUAUAACAAAGAUCACAAAUGGGGCUUUUGCUCUGGCGCACUAAGAGAGAAACGGCAGUCGUCUAUUUUGUUCUCGUGUGACAGAGCGGCGGGUCGUGGAAGUCCUCAGCUGAUGAGCGAAACUCAAGGAUGUUCUGCUACCUUCCAGUGGCGAACGAAUGUGGUGUGCCCACCCAAAAAGAUGGAGUGCAAGCUUACAGGGCAACACCAGACCUACGACCUGCGCACGCUCUCAUCUCUAACAGAACCAUGGAAAUUUAGCAACGGGGGCGAUUCGUACUACUUCAAUCUCUGCCAGGCCAUUCAUGGAGGCCAGCCAGGGUGUGCAGCAGACGCCGCCGUGUGUCGCAGACGUGCCAGCGGGAAGACCGAGACUCUGGGCCGUGUUCACACGCAGACCAUGGAGUUAAUCGAUGGAAAGAUCCUCGUCAAUUAUUCCAUGGGUGACAAGGUGUGUGGAAACAAUAAACCAGCAAGAACAAUCUUGCAGCUGAAGUGUGGCAGCACAGUGGGCCAUCCGAAAUUAUUCAAGGAGGAUAAAACAGCAUGCGAGUACUGGGUGGAGUGGGAGACUCGAUCUGCAUGUGCUGUGAAGCAGGAGGAAGUGGAGAUGAUCAAUGGAACCAUCAAAGUACCCGAGACAGGAGCCAUUUUCAACCUGGGAGCGCUUUAUUACCAUUUCCACAACGCCACAGGAGACAUCCGUUCCAAUGGAGAUCGCUAUAUCUACCACAUCCAGCUGUCAGGCAUCACCGACAGCUCCAUUUCCAAUUGUUUGGGUGCCAAUAUCUGUCAGGUCAAGAUUAAUGACAGUUACCGCAGAAAAAUUGGCUCCUCCAGCAAAGCAAAGUAUUAUAUAAAAGGUGGAAAUCUUGAUGUCUCGGUACCAUCUGAAUCUGUAUGUGGACGAGACAAAACCAAAACUGUGUCCUCGACUAUCCUGUUCCACUGCAGCCCUACGGCAGGAGAAGGUAUCCCAGAAUUCCUUCUGGAGACAGAUGGCUGCCAGUAUCUGUUUGUUUGGCACACCGCCACCGUUUGUGAAUUUUUUUUGUCCAGCUCCAUGGACCCGCACAGCACUGAUGGAGGGGAGGAGCAUGCUGGAUUGUCUGGGCGGAGUCAGGCUUUAGGGGCGGUGCUUAGCCUGCUGUUGGUUGUGCUCACAAUCUGUUUGCUUGUUCUUCUGCUGCACAAACGAGACAGGAGGCAACUUGUAAUACAGAAAGUGUCAAGCUGCUGCAGGAAAAGAAAUCCAGUGUCCUACAAAUACUCCAGGGUGAACAUAGAUGAGGAUGGAUGUGAAGAUGAGAUGGAAUGGUUAAUGGAAGAGACCGGGACGCCCAAGCGGGAGCCACAAGGGAACGGUCACAUCACCACCAAGCCUGUCAGCGCAGAUGCCCUGCGCUCCUUCUCCCUGGACGAGCAGGACAGUGAGGACGAGGUGCUCACAGUCCCAGGGGUCCGAAUCGCCCCUUCAUCGUCCACUUCCUCACGGCUGCAGUCAGCUUUGCUGAAAUCAGAGAGCGAUGAGGAUCUGGUAGGGCUCCUGGUGGACACACGGAGCAGAAAUAAGACCCGAUACAGUGGCAGAAACCAGAGCAAACCUCAGCCAGACCCCGAUGACAGCGACGAGGAUCUACUUAAAGUCUGAGGGCACCGGGGGGCCCGAACUGAACUUUUGAAUGUCUCUGCCACCACGCUCCAAUUGUUUAUUUGCUCCAUUUUGGGUUUUCUAAAGGGAAAUGUCUCUGUGAGCUGUUUACAAGACAGCUUUCAAGAGCAAGUUGGUCGAUUCAUCCACUAAAUAGAUUCAAUGCCUUUCUGACAAAAGAAGUAGUUUUUGUCAUUUGAUCGUUUAUUUGUUUGUGUGUUCUGUUUUCCAUUGAUUAAGAUGAAUUAUGUACAACAUCGUAUGUGAAUUUGAUCUCCCACAAAC